AUAGAAGGAAGAAAAAAAGGAGGAGGACGAAAAAGAAAGGAAAAAGGUAAGGAGAAAAGGCAGAGGAACCAAGUCACAAUAUUUAGCUAAGUCUCCCUUGUAAUCUUGCCGUCCUUUAUAGUGAAUUCUGAUGUUUGUUUACUUAGGUCUUUUUGGGAAAUUUCCGUGAAAGUGAAAACACCAUCCCAGCAUUUCCCAGUGUCUCCCAGCAUCUCCCAGUGUCUCCCAGCAUCUCCCAGUGUUUCCCAGCAUCUCCCAGUGUUUCCCAGCAUCUCCCAGCAUCCUUCAGCAUCUCUCAGCAUCUCCAAGUGUCUCUUAGCAUCUGCCAGCCUCUCCCAGUGUCUCCUAGCCAAACACAGACAUGCAGGAAGAUGACAGUGCUGGUGAGGAUGAGGGGACAGCACUGCAGAGGAGGUUCAGCAGGGAGGGUCUUGACUGGGGCAGCGUGGAGCCAAGUGAGAGGGCUGUGCAUGUGUGGAGGUGGCUGGUGGACGGGGAGGCUAAUCUCAGGGCGGCUCGACACAUUAAUGAUAAACUCAGAAGACAAUAUGAAGAGGAGAAAAUGGAGUUGCAGCAGUAUGCCCACCACCUCCGCUGUGAGCAUGAGGAGCGAGUGAGGGGCCUGGAGGAGGAGGUGGGGGCACUGAAGGAGGACCUGGAGGCACUGCUGGCCGGCACUCAAGCUGUCUCUACCAUGCUGGAGGGGGAGGGCCUGCAUGAUGUGGCACAGACGUCUCUUGGCGAGCAGAUAGCGUACAUGCUGGUGGAGAGGAAGAAGCUGAUCGAGGAGCUGUCUCUGGCACACAGCACCCACCCCGGUGCUGAGAGGGAGAAGGACCUCACAGCACAGCUUAUCAAGGCCUGCACAGAGCUGGAGGUGCUGCGCCACAAACACCAGGAGACAGAGACACAGCUGGGGGAGAUGCAUGAUCGCGUGCAGCUGCUGGAACGCGCUUCAAGACAGCUGGAGGCAGACAAUGAGACACUGGCAUUUAAGCUGUCCGAGGCCCUGGCAGAAAUAGAGGACAAUGAAGGACAGUUGCGUCGCCUCAAGAGUGAGUGCCUGAGUGUGUCAUGGUGCCACCCAUCACCACCCUAUGUGACAACCACACACUCCCUGGGGCACCAUUCAGACGCAGACCCAGGAGACAUUUUAGAGUAA